GUGAUAAGUAUUCCAGUUUUAAUUAGCAGUUAAGUGUGAAGAACAAUAAAGAGUGGGCUAAUCAGUUUUAGGGUACAUUAGAAGAACAUUAUUUAGAAGUAUUCAGUUGAAAAAACUAACAGUGAAGUGUGAAGAACAACAAAGACAAUAAAGAGUGAGCUAAUCAGUUUUAGGAGCACAUUAGUAGUAUUCAAAAGACUGAUAACAUUAGUUUGUAUGAGAAGAAAACUGACAACAAACAGAAAACUACUGUUGGAUUAGAAGAAUGUAUUUCAAGUGAGUUGAGUAAAUGGAAAAUAAACUUACAUUGGUUCCGCUGUUGUUUGGCGCUGCCAUAGGCGAGGAUUGAUCUGAUGACAUCGUUGGAGUUUCAAACUGAUACUAACAGAAGGACGCAGUUUUUCGUCAUUAUAUAUUAUCAACUUGAUGAAUAUAGAUGGUAAGAAGUUGAAAGAAAGUAUAUCUGUUUUGUGCAUAUGUUGUAUGCGAAAUUUAGUACAGAUGUGCGGAACACUGAUAAGGAAACGUUUGCAAAUUUCUUAAGGAACGGUCAAAAUGUGUGUGUGCACCUUGCAUGACUCUGUAACGGACCUAACAUCUGCUAGCCGAGUGAAAGAUAUUAAUUUAUUCAUUGUGCAGUGCACAUGCAUACUUAUAUAAUUAUUGCAACCCCCACAUGUUCUGCGUGAUAACAAACUGACAGUUGAUGGUACCGAGCGGCGCAAAAUUAUAAAAGCAUCGAGCGACAUGAUAUUGCUUGCAUUCGAUUAUAGUGCGACGUUUCAUGCACAGUGCAAAUGGACAAGCAACAAUCCGAUAAAGCAGUGGCUGCGCCAACAAGCGAAGAAGCAACAGCAGCAGUCACACCAUCAAACAACACCCUGGUUGAGUCGAUAGCGCACGACAAGGAGGUGGAGGUGGAAAUGGCAAGUGAGGAAUGGUGCGUGGUUGACAGCAGCGAAUCAUCGCCGCCGCCAAAACGUGUGCACUUUUCCACAGCGUGCGAUACGCCAAAACGUGGCGGACGGGGCCGCGGCAUUUAUUUUGCCGAACAACGACGCGUCAUCGCUCAGGGCAGAGGCCGGCAAAUUGAUGUGGCCGGUGUGAGCGCGGACUCGUCCAGUCGCAAUAGUGGUCAGCAAGCGGAAGCAUCAUCAUCGUCGUCACUGAUUCUGCUAGAUGUGACGAACUCAUCGCAGCCGAGGAUCGUGAACGCUACUAAAAUCGACAACGAAGUUGAAAACAUUGAGCCGCAGCAAACAAGCUCUUCACAGCGGUAAGACGGCAAAAACCUAUUAUUACUCUAAUACUAUUACUACU